GCUGCUUACCUGGAAAAUGAUGCUCAGACCGCCCAGCUCUGUUCAUCUUUGGACCAGACUCAUCAGAGUCAAGAUAAUGCUGUAUUUGCCGGAGCGUCUGAACCGAACAGCGCAACUGCCAAGUGUGAGUUCUCCGGUGACGUCGACCGAACAUUACCUACUGAAUAUCAUCUGCUUGAUCCGAUCGAUGUGUGUCUACAGCAACUUCAAAUGACCCAAGCAACCGACCUGCUGGUCCAGACGUCACCAGCUCAGCCGAGAUGUGACGAUUCUCGGAGCCUCGAUGGCUUGGUCUUGGUGGCCGACGAUCCGGAAGCUUUAGCUCUCAGAGGAGCGGCCGUCGGGGAAAUGAAAGCGACUGAAAUUGCAAAAUCAAAACCGCUCGAACAGCCCUUGUCUUCGGCUAAGACUGCAUUCAUCGGAGACGUCUCCUCAGAGACCGUCAGGCCAGAGCCAGAAGGUUCGGGGCUCCAUGAAACUUCGGGUAUGUUUAACCGGCUUUGA